AGAGAUUGUGGUUGGUGCUGGCAACAAAUUUUUGUCCAGCCACAAAGACACAAGUCCCAAACUGAGAAGAUCCCUUCCACGGUAACAAACCUCAAAAACAAAAGGACUACUGAGGGUUGUAAUACAAAAUCGGGAAAUAUGAGAAGGCGUGCACCUUCUCUCCUGUUCUGGGGAUCUGUCUUACUGCUUUACAUUGCGGCAACACCAAAUCUACCGUUGGCUUCUGAAACAAAAUGGCUCAGCCAUAUUUGCGAAAAUACAAUCAAGAUUGAAAAAUCUACAACAGCCAAAUGUUCUGAAUUCUAUACCAAAGUUUUAGAAGGAUAUUUUCUGAAUCGAACUGCAUCAGAACUAACAAAAGUCAGCACUUCUGAGUUACAAAGAAAACUCCUUCAAUGGCAGAAGCUCCCUGCUUCCAGCCCUGUAUGUGUUUUCACCAAACACGAACUCAAGAAGACUGAAUCCUGUUGUGAUGGUUACGAAGGGGACAAGUGUGAGAUCCCUGUGUGUUACCCGCCCUGCAGAAAUGGUGGUAAAUGUGAUGAACCUAAUGAAUGCACCUGUCGUUCAGACUUUGGAGGGUAUCGCUGCGAAGAUAGAAUUUCUGAUGUGUCCCAUUCCAUGGGUUACUGUUACAGCGGAAGCCAUUGUUUCGGAGAAAAAGCCAAACACAAAGAAAACAUAGUGUACACCUUUGCUGAUUGUUGCCAGGGAAACAAGGCUAACAGCUGGGGCCUCACCAAUUCCAAAUGCAUUCCUUGUGAAAUCACUGGAAACUCAACCGCAAAAGAUGUUGUCAAAAAGAUGCAUACCCUUCCAUUUGCCACUUGCCGAAAUUUUGGACCAUACAGUUAUCGAACAUUUGAUGGUGUUCUUUAUGAUUUCUCUGGGAACUGUAAAUAUACAUUGGCUGUAAAACCAGGACUGUGGAGCAUCGAUUUGACCAUUCAGAACUGCUCUCGGCUUGAAACUUGCAAAAAGAGGCUGGACAUAAGAUUCAGUGAGACCAAGAUCACAGCAAAUGGCCAUAAUAUCCUACUGGGCACACACAAGUUAGACUUGUCUGAUUCACAGUAUUUUAAUGGUACAAGUAUUGUGCUGAAAGACAACUUUGUGCAUAUUGAAAACUCUGCUUUGGGAUUGAAACUAAAAUUCGAUAAUGAAUCUUCGGUGUAUGUGACUCUCCAAAACAGUGCUAAAUCUAAGAACAUCAAAGGAUUGUGUGGAAGCUACAAUGAUGACCCUAGUGAUGAUUUCAUCACACGAGAGAACAAAAUUGUUAGCAGUUCAGAAGAGUUUGCUAAUUCCUACAUAAUUCCAGACAGUCUGAACCCAUGUAUCCCCACAGAACGUUUCCCAAGACAGUGCCUCAACAAAUUCCAGGAACAAACUGCAAUUCGGAUGUGUAGCAGUAUUAAGUCUCAUAAGUUUGUUCGUUGCCAUAUGAAGGUGAACGUAAAUCACUGGUUUGACCUUUGUGUCAACUACGUCUGUAAUGCUGAUAUAAAUGCUGAUGAAGCUUUGCAGGCAGGAAUCUGCAGGAUAUUCUCAGCCUAUGCACUAGAAUGUUCUAACGAAGGUGUAAUCGUUCAGUGGAGGACACAAGAACUUUGCCCAAAAAGUUGCCCAGCUGGAUUUAUCUAUUCCGAAUGUGCUUCCAUAUGUAAAUUAUCUUGUCAAAAUCUCUAUAACAUAAAACCCGAUUCGUGCUACACUCAGUGCACCCCAGGAUGUGAGUGUGUUCCAGGUACCGUGCUUGACCAUGGCAGUUGUGUUGUUCCCAAUAAUUGCUCUUGUGAAUACCAUGGUACUCAAUAUCUGGCUGGAGAAAAGGUCAAAGUGAAAUGCAAUGAUUGCACUUGUGUACGAGGUCGAUGGAAAUGUACUCAAGACAAAUGUGCAGGAACCUGCAGCAUUUUGGGAAGAGCACACUUUAACACAUUUGAUGGAGAGAUAUUUAAAUUUGAACCUACUGCUUGUCACUAUGAUUUGGUCCAGCCAAUAAGAACCUACACCGACAAACGAGCCAAUUUGAGAAUCACGGCUGCUUACAGGCCCUGCUCAAGUGGUUGGAAGAUAAAACAAAACUGUCUGAUGAAAGUUAUAAUUUCUGCUUAUGGAGUCACCAUCACUUUGGAUGGUAGCCAAAUCAGUGUCAACGAUGAGAUUAAUCCUGUACUGCCCUAUCUGUCUCGCUAUAUCUAUGUGAAGAAAGCAACGCAUCAGUUUGUUUUAGUGGAAGGUUUUGGAUUCCGUGUUCUCUUUAAUCCAAACCAUCAACUCUAUAUUAAACUGUAUCCAUUCUUUGAAAACAAGGUUCAAGGUUUGUGUGGAAGAUUCAACUACAAACGAGCUGAUGAAAUAACUGGGAAGAACGGGGCCCCUGAAACGGUGGAAAAGUUUCUGGAAAUUUAUAAAGACAGGACUUGUGCAGAUGCCCCAAGAAGACUUGGAGAUCCCUGUACAGAUUUCUAUUAUGCAAAAGAAAAUGCUGAAGCAACCUGUAAGUUUCUUAAAGAUGAACAUCUGUUUUCCAAGUGUUUCAGUUACGUGGAUUACAUGUAUUAUUACAAAAUGUGCAAAUAUGAAAUGUGUCUUUCGAGUGACAUCCUGCCAAUGUGUAUUUCUCUUGAGGCUUAUUCAAGGAAGUGUGCAGAACAUGGUCAAAUAAUUAACUGGAGACAGAACAGAACUUUAAUAAAUAUGUGUGGCUAUGGAUGUGAACCAGAUUCUGGGCUUCAAUAUUUAGAAUGUGCAAGUUCUUGUAAUGGAAAUUGUCGGGAUAAAGAAGUGCAGAAUCCCUCUUGUGAAGAAGAAUGUGUUCCUGGAUGUGCUUGUCGACCAGAUUCAAAUACUGUCUUGAACAACAAUAUGAAAUGUGUCGGCACUGACAAAUGUCCAUGCUAUGACAAACUGAGUGGAAAUAAAAUCUAUGAAGCUGGCUCUAUUAUGAGGCGGAAAUGCACUAAUUGCACUUGUUCAAUGGGAUCCUGGAACUGUGGCUCAGAAUGCAAAGAAGAGAUUAUUUGCCCCAAGAAUCAGAAAUGGUUGACCGAUGUCAGCAAAUGCCAGUUGACCUGUCUUAACAUUGAUGAGGAUAACCUCUGCCCAAAACAUGCUCUAUUUGAAGGCUGUGGAUGUGAUCCAGGAAUGGUGUUGUCACCAGACGGAACAUGUAUAGCACCAAACCAGUGUCCUUGCUCUUAUAAAGGAAAAUGGUAUAAACAAAAAGAAAUAAUUAAAAUUGGCUGCACAGAGCUAAAAUGCUAUGAUCGAACUUGGAUAAAAGAAAGAGAAGUUGGUUGUUCGGCUACCUGUUGGGCAUCAGGAGAUCCUCAUUACACCACAUUUGAUGGCAAACACUUCACAUUUAUGGGAUCCUGUGACUAUGUUUUAUCCAAGUCAAAAGAUGAGACUUUCAUUAUAUCAGCGGAGAACAUCAAGUGUGGCACAUCAGGGGUAACAUGUACGAAAUCUGUGAAUAUUAAAAUCUGGAAAACUAAAAUCCAUUUAAUCCAUGGAGGCAAUGUAAGUGUGAAUGAUGUUGGAUUGGAAAACAAUGAGUACAACGGGGUUGACAUCAGCAUCUACACGGCUGGAAUGUUCUUACACAUUGCAACUCGGUUUGGUUUGAUUAUUCAGUGGGAUUUUGGGACCAGGGUUUAUCUCCAUUUGAACAAAACCUGGAGAAAUGAAGUGGAAGGACUUUGUGGUAACUACAAUGGCGACACAGAAGAUGACUUUGCUUCUCCAGAUGGGAUGCUGCUGUCCAAAGCUUCUUCGUUUGGUCAUAGCUGGAGAAUAAAUGACUGCCCCAGGAUUAACCAAGACAAACCCGCAGAUAAAUUCUCUCCAUGUGAGGGCAAUAAACGGCGUUUCUGGGCAGAAGAAUCCUGUUCCAUUAUAAUGGGACCACUUUUCAAGGCAUGCAGAGAAACAAUAUCAGAAGACAAAGCUAGAAUAUACCACAAGGACUGCAUGGACGAUGCUUGUGGCUGUGACAGCGGAGGAGAUUGUGAAUGUCUCUGUACAGCCAUUGCAAAUUUUGUGGAAGAAUGCAACAAAAAUGGUCACCAUGUUAAAUGGAGACACCAACAUUUGUGUCCUAUACAGUGUGAAAAUGGCUUCAAAUACGUUUCUUGUGGUCCUCCUUGCCAAGCAACAUGUCGUAACAUUGGAGAUGAACCAGAAAAGUUUUGUGAGUCAACACAUUGUAUUGAAGGUUGUUUCUGUCCAUCAGGCUAUGUCCAAGAAGGUAAAUCAUGCAUCCCUGCAUCUGAGUGUAAAUGUUAUGAUAAUGGCAAGUACUACCCACCUGGAGCAAAAGUCACAUCGGAAUGUAAAAAUUGUACUUGUUCCAAUGGGAAAUUCCACUGUCUCAUCUCCAAUUGUUCAGCAACAUGCAAAGCAAACGAAACAAAGUGUCAAAAUGGCGACUGUAUUGAUUCCAAGUACAAAUGCGAUGGUCGCAUGGAUUGCAGAGACGGUUCGGAUGAACACAACUGCACAUACCAGUGUAAAGGCAACGAAUUUGUCUGCGGAAGUGGCAAAUGUAUCUCUAAUGAAUUCGUCUGCGAUGGGAUGUUUGAUUGUCUGGACCAAACUGAUGAAAUGAAUUGUCAAAUUAAGUGCAGCGGAAAUGAAUUUGCUUGCGAUAGUGGCCGCUGUAUUCCUGCUAAAUUUUCCUGCGACGGAGAAUUCGAUUGUGGCCCCGGAGAUAGGUCUGAUGAAACCAAUUGUGCCGUGAUCAAAUGUAAAAAUCCCAGACAUUUCCGAUGUGGUUCAGGGAAAUGUUUGCCAUUACCUGUUCGUUGUGAUGGCCACGAUGACUGCGGAGAUGGAACUGAUGAAAUUGACUGCAAUUGCACGUGUUCAAACGAAGAGUUCACCUGUAAAUCUUGUGAUUGUAUCCCUGCACAGAAGUUGUGUGAUGGUGUCCCUGACUGCCCUCAUGAGGAUGAUGAAAUAUGCCGCUGCAAACCUGGAGAGUUCACCUGUUCCAAUGGGGAAUGCAUUGACAAUGAAAAGGUAUGCGAUGGGGAAUCAGACUGCAAUGACACUCUUGAUGAACAGAUAUGUCGAACAAACAAGACUACACCUUAUCCUUCUGAAUACACUUCGCCCAGAAAAAUAGAAGGAACCACUCUAUUGCCUUUGAUAACAGAAAUAUUCGGAACAGAACAGCCUACAGAAAGCCUUCAAGCAACAGAAAUAACAACAAAAAUACCGACAAUUAUGGGAACAACACCAGUUGCAUCAACUGCACCAGUUAUAUCAACAACAUGGCAAACCAUUUCAACAGAGACACCAGUUAUGUGGACGACAGAAGGGAAGACUUGUGUUGAUAUCAAUGGUCUGUCAAGCACAACUUAUAUCAAAGACGAGUGGAUACAAACUACAGACAAUACCAUUCCAGGAUACCGUUUAAGACCACUUGAUGCACAAGGCAGACAUGGAGAGGAAGUGUUUGAGAGUUCGGCUGCACUUGUUGUGAUUACUGUCCAACUGAGUGAUAAUUAUGAUGUGUCUUUGAGCAGUUUACAGCUAAUUGUUCACAAAAAUAUUAAAAGCUUUAUGAUAAAGUACAGCAAAGUAGGAGCAGAUCAUUAUAAGCCAUUUGGAAAGCAAUUUUCUGCUACUGAUUCUGUAUAUUUCCCAACUGGUUUCCAAGCCCAUCGCAUACAAAUAUUUAUAAUUGAUACAUUUGACGUUAGUAAAAGUGUGAAAAUCUUAUUGGAUAUCCACGGCUGUUUUGAACCAGUGUUUCGUAAGUAACAACUAAAAGAGAAGCUGUUUAUUCACACAAGUCUGUGUUGUCGUCAUCACC